AUGCCUCAUAUCGCAAACACACCCGAGUCCAUGCUGUCUCGCUCGGAUUCACUAGAUCCAGCCACGACAUGCAGAGGUGUGACCUCAAACGGCCGACCAUGUCGCCGUGCACUAGCUGCCUCUACAGGACCGCGAAAAGACACAGCUUCGGCUUCCAUGUACUGCUGGCAGCACAAAGAUCAAGCAACAGCGUCGAAUAACCCGGGAUCAACACGCCCCCCACAAAACCCACGGCCGAAGCCGCGAACAAGCAUUGACACUUUGAUGGACCGGCUGGGCGUUCUGGAGAUCAACGACCCACAAGCGAAACCGGCGCCGUACCGACGCCGCAAGCCAAAAAAGCGAACGGUAUGUUGUUGUUUCGAGAUCAUCGAAGACCUCGAGAACGAGCGGCCUCCGAGGCCUGUGACAGUGAGCGCGACGGCAGACGCUCGUCCGUCGCGGCCGAUGCAGCAGGUCUCGUCCAGUUCUUAUCCAGGACGACCGAAGCCGCCGGCCCAGAAACCAUCCUCACAGUCGACAUUACUCUCGCCUCAGCACGCAUCUCACCGACCAUCGCUGCAAAGUAGCCCGGCGUCUUCCUCAUCACACACAACGACCCUUCUCGCAUGGAUCCCCCCCACACUAACCCCGCAAACAACAUCUAAUCUGCUCACGGAGUUGGCGAAGCCCAUCUCCGAAGCGGACGAACCGGGCUACAUAUACAUGUUCUGGGUGACGCCGUCAAGCUCCACGUCAUCGCCGCCUCCCGCUGAAGUCGCCAGAUCGCUCGUUCCGGAAGCUCCUAGACCUGGGCACGGUCGCCGCGUCAGCGACGCACUCAAGACUGCGCGCGAGAUGAAUGCCCUAACCUCCAAACCGACUGGUCAGGCAUCUGGUACUAUCCGCCUGAAGAUUGGCCGGACGAGUAACGUGCAGCGCCGACUGAAUGAAUGGUCGAGACAGUGUUCGCAUCAUCUGACUCUGAUCCGUUACUACCCAUAUACACCAUCGACGCCCUCGCCAUCGCCGUCGCCGGUACGAUUGCAGUCUGGAGGUAAUCGAGGGAAUAGCUCGGCCGCUUUAGAGCCGGGGAGGAAAGUGCCCCAUGUCCAUCGCGUGGAACGACUGAUUCACCUUGAGCUGGGAGAGGUCAGGGUCCGGGACCUUGGACGAUGUCAGGAGUGUGGGAAAGAGCACCGGGAGUGGUUCGAGGUUUCAGCGGAGAAACAAGCGUUGAAACGGGUGGAUGAGUGUAUCAGACGAUGGGUGGAGUGGGCAGAAAGUCAGAAGCUGUGA